AUGAACUCGCUGAACGCCAUAUCCGCAAGAAUAUCUCCACCAGCAAGCCCAGCGCCCACGCGAUCCAAUUCAAUCAGUACGAUAAGCUUUACAGUGACUUCCGCCGACGGUGGCGACAAAGAUCCUGGUGAUUCCGACUUGGGAGAUGCCAGGGCGCUUGCCCCGGAGAAUCCGGAGCCGUUAGCAUCCAAUAUUGAUUCCGACCCGUUUAUCCUCUCGAAGCCUGAGCAACGGCGCAACGGUACCACCAAUACCAAAGAGCGCGACGACGAUCCAAGUGAAUCAACGCCGCUAUUAUCAACUGGUCCUGCCAGCACAGAGAAAGAAAUGGGCGCCCGAUCUUCUACAUGGCAUCGCAUUCCGCGACGCGUUGUCAGCUCCCUCGUUGACUCCUUGCGAUGGAUUCUUACAACGUUUGUCUCAACACCAAGCUACUACCUCAUAGCCUGGCUCUACGAUGAGAAUGGAAACUUUGAUCCGCUGUUACAGCUCAGAAGGCUGUUUGGAGGAUCUUCAGGAAGCGCCCGGAAACAGUCAUUGGAUUACCUUAUCGACGGCAUGAACAAUUUGGACGAGAAAAGUAGCAAUGGAGAACUGGCUCCUGAAGGACGCCGGUUUCCGUCGGGCUCAUCAUCGUCGGGGAUAUCUUCGGAGUCUGAAUCAGAUUUCGAUCGAACACCGACACGGAGUGAGAAGUCCCAUGUCAGCAGCAGACACAACCGGUCAAAGUCGCUUUCACCUUCUGAAGAGAUUGCGCCAGCGCGCCGCUCUAUAAGAAUCAAGCUACACACCGAGGAUGCUAUAAGGCAACGGAAGCACCGAAAGACCCAGUCCACCAACAGCUCAUCUACGUCCGGAGGCUCCCCGGGAGGGGCCCGCUCCAACGACAUUUCUGCCCAGCUCAAAUCCCCUACGUCGCCUGCGGGAGCCCUGACGCGGUAUCCUAAGACACCGGCACCCCCUAGACCACUAGUUCCAAGGCGACAGCCAUCCUAUAUCAACAUCCCCGAGAUGUCCGAUAGGAAGCAUCUGAAAACUCUGAUUCUGGAUCUUGACGAAACCCUGAUACACAGCAUGUCCAAGGGCGGGAGGAUGAGUUCGGGACACAUGGUGGAAGUACGACUGAACACGACUUAUGUGGGCAUGGGUGGCCAGGCGUCUAUUGGUCCACAGCAUCCCAUCCUCUACUAUGUUCACAAGAGGCCUCAUUGCGAUCAUUUUCUCAGAAGGGUUUACAAAUGGUUCAACCUUGUGGUCUUCACUGCAUCGGUUCAGGAGUACGCGGAUCCAGUCAUUGACUGGCUUGAGUCGGAGAGGAAGUUCUUCUCGGCCAGGUACUAUCGCCAGCAUUGCACCUUUAGGCAUGGAGCUUUUAUCAAGGAUCUCAGCUCAGUCGAGCCCGACCUGAGCAAGGUGGUUAUUCUGGACAACAGCCCGCUGAGCUAUCUUUUCCAUCAAGAUAACGCCAUCCCAAUACAAGGCUGGAUCAACGAUCCGACUGACAACGAUCUGUUGAAUCUCGUUCCAUUCUUGGAAGGUUUGCAGUAUGUUUCCGACGUCCGAGCACUGCUUGCAUUGCGAGGCGGGGAGGACGGGCAGCAUAUGGCUUGA